AUAUUAUACAUGUCUAACACCGGAGAGCGUAUCAAAUGCCGGGCGGCUGUGGCCUACGGUCUGCAUCAGCCGCUAGUGGUGGAGGAUAUAUACGUGGAUCCGCCCAAAGACAAUGAGAUCCGCAUUAAGCUCGUGGCCAGCGGUAUAUGUCGGUCGGAUCUGCAUAUCAUUGACUCCAAUAUAUCCAAAGAUUUUAUAUUCCCGUUAAUCCUCGGCCACGAAGGCUCCGGCGUUGUGGAGAGUGUCGGUCCCGGAGUGACCGGCGUUGCGGUCGGCGACCACGUGAUCCCCCAAUGGCUGCCCAACUGUCAGGCGUGCGAUCUCUGCAAAAGCGAUAAAACAAACUUUUGUGAAACAGGAAAUAACGGUACACUGAAUGUGAUGCCCGACGGGACGACCAGAUUCUGGACACUCGACGGCAAACCCAUAUACAAGUCCAUCGGUUGCGCCACUCUUAGCGAAUAUACCGUUAUGUCUGUCGAGUCGGUCGCUGUGGUGGACAAGAGGCCCGAUUUGGCCGACCUGUGUCUCAUCGGGUGUUGUGUAGCCACGGGUUUUGGCAACGCUGUCAAUCUGGCCAAAGUGAGCGUCGGGUCGAGUGUUGCCGUCUGGGGGUUGGGCGCUGUCGGGUUGGCCACCGCUAUGGGCGCCAAA